CACAAACACGUCAAAUGCAUUUUUCUUCUAAUUUUUAUGUUGCAAUUUGCAUUAAUUAUUAAAGUAAAUAAAUAAAAAAAAAAUCAUUUUAAUCUAGUUCAUAGUUCAACGGUACAUUAGAUUAAGUAAAAAUGCAGCAUUUCAAAUUCAUGACACUUAUUUUUAUAUACUUCGUAAUACAUUCAACGGAUUCGUUGGAAAAAAAUGAUUCAACUUCAUCUGUUGAAAAAAACCAAAAAAUAGCUUCCAUGAAUCAAACUAAUAAUAAUUCGCCAUCAAAUUCAGUUAAUAAUAAUGCUGAAUCCAUAAACAAUGUUAAAGAAAAACCCCACAGCAAUGAACCAUCUGAAACAAAAAUAUUCUUCCAACCAUAUCCAAAUGAAGUAGACAUUCCGGAAUCUUUUAAAAUGGGAUUUUACUUUUUCAUUGGUUUGAGUAUUACAGGAAUUGUAUUUAUAUUACUUAAGAUUAACAGAAUGCGUUUAUCUCGAGCGGAAAGAAAAUAUGGUGUUCAUGGAGAUAGAACCACUCAGGAACUGACACCACUUCCAAUGGCUAUCGAAGACGACAGCGACAAUGAAGAUCAUACAGUUUUUGAUAUAAAUAGACAGAUUAGAGUAUCUUAAUCGUAUAUAUAUAAGAAUCUCUCUUUAUUAUUUGCCAUUUAUCCUUUAUUAUUUAUAAUUUAUUUAAUACUCAACUCCAAAUUUAUUCUCGUGAAUCUCUUUUAUUCUUUGCAUUUAUUGGUUAAAUUUGUUGCAAUAUCAUGAAAUAACUAUUUUCACAACUAAUUCGCAGAUACUGGCUUUCUCGUAACAAGUAUGUGAUAUCUAGAAAUAUGGAAAUUACUUUAAAAUUAAAAAAUGCUCAUUUUGAAAUAAUAAAAACAUAAAAGUGAA